GUGUUCCCCUACAAAUAGGUAUACGUCAAGCGUAUUCCAGUUACAUUCAAAACCGUAGGCCCCUGCGAAAAAAUCACACUCAGCAUCGACUAACGCAACAGUGAUGCCAUCGGGAGAAAUAUGCCAGUAUAAUAAAGGCCUGGUCAUCAAUAUCUUGCUAUAGCAGUUUAUCCUGAUUUUCCCGAUGGUUGAGGGCUAUGCAACACAUGCCGAGGGAAGAAUGUGACAGUGCUGGUCAGCCACGCGGCCCUCAUCCGCCUCUGGGCUCUUCAUCAUGAUUAGCGAGGCAACUCCGAUCCUAGCGACCCUUAUCGACCUGAAUGUAAUUUUUUGAUGAGGGGCCUAUCGCUUUGAAUCUAGCUGUCACACGUAAAGAUGGCAUCAGACUCAAAGUUGCGAGCUUGCUCAUAUAAACAAAGUUCCGGACGAGUCGCGGAGUUCAUAUGACGGCGCCCGAGUUGUGUCGGUCAAUGCCUAAGGCACUACGGACAUCCAAGGUCUUCCCUGUGGGUGUAUUGCAUCAUCCGUACUACGUGCCGGAUGCAUUCGUAUUACAUGCCGGAUGCAUUCGUAUGUGCAUACCCGGCCGGGAUUCAAGUCCUGGAUGGUAUAGAUACCGGAUAAAGUUCUUGUGCUGGUCCUCAUAACAAUCUUCAUCCAUUGAAUCAAGCCUCCAUUUCUUACACCAUGUCUCCCAAACUCCCCACUCGUAAAAUAGGCGACACCGACGUGACUGCAAUCGGCUGGGGUGCGAUGGGUAUUUCUAUCGGUUAUGGAACGCCUCCUCCCGACGACGAACGCUUCAAGCUCCUCGAUGCUGUCUACGAGAGCGGAUGUCUGAAUUGGGACACUGCAGAUGUUUACGGCGACAGCGAAGACUUUCUCGGUCAAUGGUUCAAACGCACUGGUAAACGCAACGAGAUCUUCCUCGCUACGAAGGUCGGGUUGUACUUGCAACCUGAUCGUCUCGUCAAUGGCGACCCGGAGUACAUCAAGGAGACCUUCGCAAAUUCCUUGAAACGACUUGGUGUCGACUAUAUCGACUUGUACUACCUGCAUCGUCCCGACCCCGCGGUUCCCAUCGAGAGAUCAGUGGCUGCUAUGGCCGAGCUUGUCAAGCAAGGCAAAGUCAAGUACCUCGGACUUUCGGAAUGCUCUGCGGAUACCCUGCGUCGUGCGCACGCCGUCCAUCCAAUUUCCGCCGUUGAAGUCGAAUAUUCUCCUUUCACCCUGGACAUUGAAGACGAGAAGAUAGGUCUGUUCAAGGCUGCCAAGGAAAUUGGUGCCACUAUUGUUGCCUACUCUCCUCUUGGUCGUGGGCUGAUCACCGGUCGCUACAAAGGUCCUGAGGACUUUGAGGAAGGUGACUUCCGUCGUAUGGUACCUCGCUACUCCAAAGAGAACUUCCCCAACAUUCUCAAGAUCGCCGAAGGCCUCAAGAAGAUCGGCGAACGCCACAACGCCACUGCAGGCCAAGUCGCCUUGGCCUGGCUUCUUGCCCAAGACGAGAAAGUCAUACCUAUCCCUGGUACUACGAAGGAAAAGUACUUGAAGGAGAACCUUGGUGCCCUGAAUGUCAAGUUGACACCUGAGGAGGUGCAGGAGGUGCGAGAGAUUGUGAGCAAGGCGGACGCUGCCAAUGGACCCCGAUACCCUGGAGUCAUGCAAGAGCUGUUGUUCGGAAACACCCCAUCUCUCGAAGCCUGAAUGGCGCCAGUUCGAUAGCACUUUGCAUCAAAUUGUAUACCCUAGAACGCUUAGGACAUACUGUAGCUUCCGCAUCCAUUCUAUUCUUAGCUGCAUGGUUAUCUCGAACAUUCUACUGCUUGAGCCGUGUUAGGUUGCCAGUGGCCGCCCACUCUCGAUGCAUUCGCUCUCGUACCUGAUCUCGCUAUGUCUCUAUAGUCAUCGGUAUGUUAACAGACUUCCAUAAAAUGUUCGCAAAGUAGUAUGCAUUCCUGAGUCUGCCAAAGUCGAAUUCAACGCAGGGUAUCUGCACUAUGUAACUGCAC